GUUUUGAAAAAAGAAACUCCAGGUCUGUCCCUGCAGAAGAACUAGCUGGGGCUGGAGGAGCAAAAGCCCACUUUGAAGAGGGCAUCCUUGUCCAGAUUCUUUUUCUCCUGUCCUGAUUCUUGCCAGCAGAUCAGGCUCCCAGGGUUCCUCUACCUUGUGGUUCUCUACGUUGUGAUUCUCUUUCCAUCAGUUCCGGGAUGCUGUCCCCUUCCUGCACAAUGGCAUGCUCACGGACCUGCUCCCGCAUCCUGGGGCUGAGCCUCGGAACUGCAGCCCUGUGUGCUGCUGGGGCCAACAUGGCACUCUUCUUUCCCAAUUGGGAUGUGACCUACCUGCUGAGGGGUCUCAUUGGCAGGCAUGCCAUGCUGGGCUCUGGGCUCUGGGGAGGAGGUCUCAUGGUACUCACUGCAGCUACCCUUAUCUCUGUGAUGGGCUGGAGAUAUUGCUGUUUCAGUAAAAGUGUACCCUGUCUAAGUAUGCUUACUGCUCUAUUUUCAAGUGGCUUGGCUUUGCUUGGAGCCUUGAUUUGUUUUAUCACUUCUGGAGUAGCCCUGAAAGAUGGUCCUUUUUGCAUGUUUGAUGUCUCAUUCUUCAAUCAGACACAAGCUUGGAAAUACGGCUACCCAUUCAAAGACCUGCAUAACAGGAAUUAUUUAUAUGACCAUUCUCUCUGGAACUCUGUCUGUCUGGAGCCCUCUAAAGCUGUCGUUUGGCAUGUGUCCUUCUUCUCCAUUCUUCUGUUCGUCAGCCUCCUCCAGCUUCUCCUGGUGGUCAUUCAUUUUAUCAACAGCUUCCUUGGCCUGUUUUGCAGCCUGUGUGAGAAGUGACAGGAACUUCAGACUAAUGUUAUUGUACAACCUGAUAGAGCUUCAAAGGACAGUGUUCUCCAUCCUCUGCCUCAGCUGAGCCAAUCAUCCUCUCCUUCAAUUGUGUAGAUGUACCGUGGAUCUUCCU